GCAGUUCCUGCUCCGUCAUUAUCUUCCAAUGUCUUAAAUAAAGGAAAAAGAAAAAGAAAUUAAUAAGUGUGUGUGAAAAUCUCAAUCGACGUUCAAUCUUUGUCUAUAUCCAGCAAACGCGUAUCUGUGUUAAAUAAUCUCAUCGGUUUUCUUUUUUAAUUUUCUGGAGAGAAAAAUUGAAAUCUCAUUAUCUAUAUAUUUUUUUUUCGGAGAGAGAAAGUGGAGGGUGUGUGUGUGCACACGAGUGUGUGUGAAAUCUGGCUUAUUUCAGUUGAUGUUAUUAUGGUGGAUUAAUUGGUAGCUUGCUUUCUUCAAUGGAGGUUGAUUUGAAUUGCUGAUGUGAUUAUCCAAGUGUCAGAUCGAUUCUGUGGAUGUAUUAAAUUGUGUUUUGUAAUUUUGUUUUAUUUUUGUCAAUUUGGUAAAAGCAAAAAAUGAAAAACGGUGACGUUUCAGAAGGCGUGGCUCAGCCGCUUGAGUGGAAAUUUUCACAGGUUUUUGGGGAGCGGACUGCAGGAGAGGAAGUACAGGAAGCUACUUCUGCAUAUUUGAUUGUUCACCAAGCUUGUUGAAGGAUUGUUACUUGUGACACUUGCUAUCCAAAUUGGUCUACUGAACAAGGGAUUAGAUAUGAAUUCUACAUCCAUAGUGGAGGAUCAAAUGAUGCAUGUUUAGACACACUGUGACAUAGAAAACAUCUCUUUCUUGCAAGUAGAAAUGACGGUGGCUUCCAUUAGGGCACGGGCAAUUAACCACAUUGUGUCUGUGACUGUGGAUAUCAGCCUGGAUUAAUUUUGCUAUGUUUUGAUUUUGUUAUGCCAUACAAGAGUGUUUUGAGUACGUUAAAACAAAGUUGUUGACCUUAUAUAAGACAUCAAAUCAUUCGGCGUCAAUCCACCAAGUCAGUAGAGCAACUGGCAUGAUAUUUCACUACCUUGAUGAUCCCAAGUUGUUGAAAACUCAAACAAUAUAAGUGAUAGGAGUCACAAUGGGUUGAAUCCAAACCUUUAAAUAAUAUCAAAUUGUCAAAUGGAGAGGUCAAGUUGACAUCAUAUCAGCCAUUGAGUUUGAUAGAACUGGUGACCAUCUUGCUACUGGAGACCGUGGGGGCCGAGUGGUUUUAUUUGAAAGAACUGACACACCAGAUCAUGGUGGGAAUCGCAAGAAUCUAGAGAUGAUGGAUUAUUCAAUCAGCAGACAUCCUGAGUUCCGGUAUAAAACAGAGUUCCAAAGCCAUGAACCUGAGUUUGAUUAUUUAAAGAGCUUGGAAAUUGAGGAGAAAAUCAACAAAAUUAGAUGGUGCCAGUCAGCCAACAGUGCCCUGUAUCUUCUGUCCACUAAUGACAAGACCAUUAAAUUAUGGAAGGUCCGGGAAAAGAAAGUCAAGAAAGUAUGUGAUUUGAAUGUAUACCCUGACAAAGCUGCAGGAAAUGGUUCAGUUGUAGGUUCAAGUACAUCAACAGCCCCCAAACCUUAUAUUGCAAAUGGAGGAUACAGUGAGAGACCCUUUGGUUGUUCGGGCAAAGACUUUUCAUUUCCACCAGGGGGUGUUUCAUCUCUACACUUGCCUGUGGUAGUCACCAGUCAGGAGACAAGCCUUGUGGCUGGAUGUCGAAGAAUAUAUGCCCAUGCCCAUGACUAUCAUAUUAACUCUAUUUCUAAUAAUAGUGACGGUGAAACUUUUAUAUCAGCUGAUGACCUGCGAAUAAAUCUCUGGAACUUGGAAAUUAGCAACCAAAGUUUUAAUAUUGUAGAUGUGAAACCUGCAAACAUGGAGGAUCUAACCGAGGUGAUAACUUCUGCAGAAUUUCAUCCCACCCAUUGUAAUAUGUUAGCUUAUAGUAGUUCAAAGGGUUCAAUUCGUCUUGUUGACAUGAGGCAGUCUGCUUUAUGUGACACUCAUAGCAAAUUGUUUGAGGAGCAGGAAGCUCCUGGUUCAAGAUCUUUUUUCACGGAGAUAAUAGCCUCAAUCUCAGAUAUUAAGUUUGCCAAGGAUGGAAAACAUAUACUAAGUCGUGACUACAUGACUCUCAAGUUGUGGGACAUAACUAUGGAUUCAGGUCCUGUUGCAACUUUCCCAGUUCAUGAAUAUCUAAGACCUAAGCUCUGUGAUUUAUAUGAAAAUGAUUCUAUCUUUGACAAAUUUGAGUGUUGUCUAAGCGGAGAUGGACUUCGAGUAGCUACUGGUUCCUACAGCAACCUGUUUCGUGUGUUUGGUUGUUCUGAAGGCAGCACAGAUGCAACUACCUUGGAAGCCAGCAAAAACCCCAUGAGGAGACAAACUCAAACUCCAAGGCCUGCUAGACCGCUGGGUUCUCUUUCUGGUGUUGUCAGGAGAGUAAAAGGCGCGGAUAACACAGGAGUCGAUGCAAAUGGAAAUGCUCAUGAUUUCAGCAUGAAGUUGCUACACUUAGCUUGGCAUCCAUCUGAAAACUCAAUCGCCUGUGCCGCUUCAAACAGCCUUUAUAUGUAUUAUGCAUAAGGUUGGUCGGGGAAAACGACAAGGGCAAAGGCUUUUGUGGUUGCUUCCGGUGAAGCUGCUUCACUUUCUUCCUGAAACAGUGAUGUGGAAGUUGCACAAUAUCAGACUUCUGGCUUUUGGCAAUAUAUUAUAAUCUAAAUCAUAUCCUCCAACACCAGAAAAUGAACUAAAUAGAAAAGCUUAAAACUUCUACUUGCAGGAAGGCUACACCCACUGAUUAUAUUUUCCUGUAAGGAAAGAAGGAAACAAAGAAGAAUUGUUCUUAAAUGUGUUUUAUUUAGGUGAAAGAAAAUGUGCUGGUAUUGGUAGCUUCUUCCUAAAAAUCACAGAGCCAUUUGAGGCGGCCUUUCACCUAAAACUCGGGGAAAAGGAGUUAUUGUGCAUCAAUUCUCAUCGAUAAUGGCCUUCAAUCUUGUAUCAUUUCAACCCAGAAAUCAUUAUUGUUAUUUAUAUUCUAACCAUUUUUUCCCCUUUUGACAUA